GCCGGGCCGCUGGCCCUCGGGCCGUGCCCCUGUCCCCAGCUGUAGGUAGAGGCUGGCCGGGGGCGGCGCCUGGAGUGUUUGAAAGAGUUGGCUUGACAGCCGCCGCUGGUGAAAGAAAGCCCGAGAUCAGCUGGGGCACUGCGCUGACCACACCGGGGUAUCUUAUUGACAGCCGGUGGUUCAAGCAGUGGAAGAAAUAUGUGGGCUUUGACAGCUGGGAUAUGUACAAUGUGGGUGAACAUAAUCUGUUUCCUGGACCCAUUGACAACUCUGGACUCUUUUCAGAUCCUGAAAGUCAAACCUUGAAGGAACACUUAAUUGAUGAGCUGGACUAUGUGUUGGUCCCAACUGAAGCCUGGAAUAAAUUGCUAAAUUGGUAUGGCUGUGUGGAAGGCCAGCAACCCAUUGUCAGAAAAGUUGUGGAGCAUGGCCUGUUUGUCAAGCACUGCAAAGUGGAGGUGUAUUUACUGGAGCUGAAGCUCUGUGAGAACAGUGACCCCACCAAUGUGCUGAGUUGCCAUUUUAGCAAAGCAGACACCAUUGCAACCAUCGAGAAGGAGAUGAGGAAGCUAUUCAACAUCCCUGCAGAGCGUGAAACUCGGCUUUGGAACAAAUACAUGAGCAACACCUAUGAGCAGUUGAGCAAGCUAGACAACACUAUCCAGGAUGCUGGGCUGUACCAGGGUCAGGUGCUAGUAAUUGAGCCCCAAAAUGAAGAUGGCACAUGGCCCAGGCAGACCCUGCAGUCAAAAUCAAGCACUGCACCUAGCAGAAAUUUUACUACCUCUCCAAAACCAUCUGCAAGUCCCUAUUCCUCAGUGUCUGCCUCUCUCAUUGCAAAUGGUGAUGGCACUAACACCUCUGGGAUGCACAGUUCCGGUGUCAGCAGGGGUGGAUCUGGCUUCUCUGCUUCGUAUAAUUGCCAGGAGCCCCAAUCGCCUCAUACACAGCCUGGCCUCUGUGGACUUGGAAACCUGGGGAACACCUGCUUCAUGAACUCUGCUUUGCAGUGCCUGAGCAACACUGCCCCCCUGACUGAGUACUUCCUCAAAGAUGAGUAUGAAGCCGAGAUCAACCGAGACAACCCUCUGGGGAUGAAAGGGGAGAUUGCAGAGGCCUAUGCAGAGCUCAUCAAACAGAUGUGGUCUGGAAGGGACACUCAUGUGGCACCUCGAAUGUUCAAAACCCAAGUGGGACGUUUCGCCCCUCAGUUUUCUGGCUACCAACAACAAGAUUCUCAGGAGCUGUUAGCCUUUAUUCUAGACGGAUUGCACGAAGACCUGAACCGAGUGAAGAAGAAGCCCUACCUGGAGCCAAAGGAUGCCAGCGGGCGACCAGAUGCGGUGGUAGCAAAGGAAGCCUGGGAAAACCACAGGCUGAGGAAUGAUUCUGUGAUUGUGGACACUUUCCAUGGCCUUUUCAAGUCUACUUUGGUUUGCCCAGAAUGUGCUAAAGUUUCUGUGACUUUUGACCCGUUUUGCUAUCUAACUCUCCCACUGCCUUUGAAGAAGGAUCGAGUUAUGGAGGUCUUUCUGGUUCCUGCUGACCCACAGUGCCGACCUAUCCAGUGCCGUGUGACUGUGCCAUUGAUGGGGGCCAUAUCUGACCUGUGUGAAGCACUUGCUAAAUUGUCUGGCAUUGCUGCAGAAAAUAUGGUGGUCACAGAUGUAUAUAAUCACCGGUUCCAUAAAAUUUUCCAAAUGGAUGAAGGUUUAAGCCACAUUAUGCCUCGAGAUGACAUUUUUGUGUAUGAGGUCUGCAACACUUCCAUGGACGGCUCGGAAUGUAUCACUCUUCCAGUCUACUUUCGAGAGAAGAAGUCCAGGCCAUCAAGUACUUCUUCUGGGGCGGUGCUAUAUGGACAGCCACUUCUCGUUUCUGUCCCUAAGCACAAGCUAACCCUCGAGGCUUUGUAUCAGGCUGUUUGUGAUCGUAUCAGCCGCUAUAUAAAACAGCCUUUGCCUGAUGAGUUUCUCAGCUCACCCUUGGAACCUGGGGCCUGUAAUGGCUCCAGGAGCAGCUAUGAAGGAGACGACGAUGAAGAAAUGGAUCAUCAAGAGGAAGGAAAAGAGCAUCUGUCAGAAACAGAAGGCAGUGGUGAGGACGAGCAGGGAGAUGGCCCUAGUGAGCCCACCCACAAGGUGAAGGGCCAGCCAGGGCACAGGAGGCUUUUCACCUUCAGUCUUGUCAACUCCUAUGGCACUGCUGAUAUCAAUUCACUUGCAACUGAUGGGAAACUACUCAAACUCAACUCUCGAUCCACACUGGCCAUUGACUGGGACAGUGAGACCCGAAGCCUUUACUAUGAUCAGCAAGAAUCUGAGGCCUGUGAGAAGCAUGUGAGCAUGUCACAGCCUCAGAAGAAGAAGAAGACCGCAGUAGCCCUCAGGGAGUGCAUUGAGCUCUUCACCACCAUGGAGACCCUCGGGGAGCACGACCCCUGGUACUGUCCCACCUGUAAAAAGCACCAACAGGCAACAAAGAAGUUUGACCUAUGGUCUUUGCCCAAGAUCCUGGUGGUUCAUCUCAAACGCUUCUCCUAUAACAGAUACUGGAGAGAUAAACUUGACACAGUUGUGGAGUUCCCAGUCAGAGGUCUGAACAUGUCCGAGUUUGUCUGUGACCGGUCAGCAAGGCCUUAUGUUUAUGAUCUCAUUGCUGUGUCCAAUCACUAUGGAGCCAUGGGGGUUGGUCACUACACUGCAUAUGCAAAGAACAAACUGAAUGGGAAAUGGUAUUACUUUGAUGACAGCAAUGUAUCUCUGGCUUCUGAGGAUCAGAUAGUGACGAAAGCUGCCUACGUGUUAUUUUAUCAGCGUCGGGAUGAUGAAUGUCACAAUGCACCUUUGCUCACCAGUUUCCCCGGCUCUUCUGAUGGAGGGAUGAGGCUGGGCAGCUCACAGCAGGGCCUGGGGGAUGAUGAGGCUUCCAGCAUGGACACCAACUGAUGCUGACUCAGCAACCCCACCACCCCACAGCACCAGUGCCAUCCCCCAGGAGAGUGUCUUUGGCCCUCUCGAAGACAGCUCAUAUCAAUCUAAGAACCAGAUGAGGAAAUUACCUUCUUUUAUGAGAAGAAUUUAAAAAAAAAAAAAAAAAGACCCUGCUUUCUCAGAAGGGUUAUGUUAAGAGGCUGAAUUAUUUUUCUUUCAGAUGGGUGGUGAGAUAAACCUGUGGAGCUGAAAUGUGGGGUGGGAUUUGUUACACAGUGCAGUGUGUCUCGUGGAUUCCAAAGAAUGGAGAGGAACACCCUGUCAUUGAGUAUGGUGCAGCCAUGAAGACCCAUGCAGGGCUGCUCUGAACUCCUGGGUUUGGGGUUCUGGUGCCCAUACUGGUCACCCUAGUCGUCUGGCCACAGUAAACCAAGCCUCCAGGAAA